UUCAGUCGUGUUUUUACCUACUGAAAGAUUUGCAAAGAUGUUUGAUCGUAAACCAAAGAAAAUACAGAUCGCUCCUGAAAAAGUUGAGGGAGAUCAGAGCUUCAAUGGACGAGUCAACGUGUCAGAAGCUCCCGCCACCAGGACCUCUGCAGAGAGCCGCACUGGGAGGACUCCCUGGUGGUCCAGGCUGUUCAGAUGCAGUCAGGUAUGUUUCACAGGAAGCCUUGAUGCUUCAUGUGACUCCUUUCACAAGUUUGUAACAUUUCUAUGUGGACACAGAAGAUGCUUGACGUUGUUUUUGUUCAUUCUUACUCUACAGAAUGAAGACACAAGUCCACCAGAGACUUUGAAAGAGCCAACGAAGAAGUCGUCGUCUUUCUGGAGACUGUUUAGCUGCUGCAGGAGAAAAAGUCGCGUGGCUCCCAGUGUUGAAGAUGAAGAUCAACAGCAGCUCCUUCAGCCCGACGGCUCCGUCCAAGCUGAUGAAGUGGUGGAGUUUAAAGGACUCACUGAAGAAGAAGAGAACGAGCUGGAAGAAACUAAGAAGGAGGACGAGAAAGCAGCUCCCACCGUGCCUCAGCAGACAGAUUUUGCGUCCCUACUUGAAGACGCAGUCGUCAAGGUCUUGUGCCAGAAACAGACCCAGCAGAACCAGAACAGACCCGUGAAAACUGAAGCUGGGACCCGACAGCCCAUCAGCUCCACCCAAGUCGACAAAGUGGUGGAGUGUAAAGAACUCAGCAAAGAAGAGAAGGAUGUGUUGAAAGAAGACAAGAAGGAGGACAGGAAAGCAGCUGCCACGGUGCCUCAGCAGCCUGAAUCUGGAGACAAAGUCACCAAAGUGGUGCACCAGAAAGCAACUGUCAUCAGACCGUGGAGCCUCAGAGUUCAACACAUCUCCUGGCUCGGAUUUCCCAACCCGCUCAACAACUGCUACAUGAACUCCAGCCUGCAGAGUCUGAUCACACUCGCAGGCUUCAUCAGAGACGUCAACUACCAGGAGGAUGCGUGGAGUUUGAUUCCUGAGGCUGAGCUGAUAAGCCGUUUUAUGAACAUUGUGAGAUGUCACGGCUCCAGAGACGGCCACCACAAGCUGCGGGCCCUCGACGUCUUCAAGAGGACCGUCUCCAUCCUGGCCCCUGAAUUUGCCGACAACGGCCAGAAAGAUGCCCAUGAGUUCAUCACAACCGUCCUGGGUCAGAUGAGGACUCUGGCUCCACCGCUGCAGGAAGUCGCAGCCUUCGUGGGAAGCAGCUACUGCUGCCCUGUGGAGAAGAACCUGGUGUUUAAGAUGCAGAACACCAGGACAUGCAAAAGGUGUGGAGCUCAAUCCAUCAGAGAGGAGGAGUUCACCAACCUUUCUCUGGACCUGCUCCCUGGUGCCUCAGUACAGGUAAUGAUCCAGAACUACCAGAAGGAAACACAGCUGGAGUUUAAAUGUGAAUGUGGAGGCAAGACAUCAGGCCAGCGCUCCACCUUCCUGACCCUGCCCAAAGUCCUGAUGUUACAGAUAAAGAGAUUCACCUUCACUCCGUGCUAUCAGCUGGUAAAGCUGCAGGACCCCGUCGACCUCUUCAGGGAGCUGAUGGUGACCUCCACACAGGCGGAGGGCUUGUACAGCCUGGUUAGUGUCAUCAGCCAUUUAGGCACCAGAGGAAACAGUGGACACUACGUCAGUGACGGCGUGCACCCGGACCAGGACAUGGGUGGUGCAGGUGACCGCUGGCUCCACUAUAAUGACGCCCAGGUCACGGAGACAACCAGGGGGGCUGUCUGUGAGCAGCGUCAGAGGACAGCCUACAUCCUUUUCUACCAGAGACGGGUGGUGCAGCUGAAGAUGGAGGUUUUGGGUCACAACCAACAGUCGUCCUGUGAUCCUGGAGCAGCAGCAGCAGCAGCAGCGGUAGGUCCCCCCAGCCCUGAGGAGGAAGGGUUCCCCCAGAGAGUCUGGUCCCUCUCGAGGUUUCUGCCACGGCAGUUUUUCCUCGCCACAGUCGCCGACGCCUUUGACCAAAUCAGAACUCGUCUCCCGCAAAUCACGAGACGACUUGGUCGGCAUGGCUUGCUCUCUGGGUAG